AUGUCUACUACUGUUCAAGAAGAUGUCUGCAAUCACGUGAAGGUAGUGGUCCGUGUUCGUCCAGAAAGUCAGAAAGAGAGAGAUGGAAACUUCAGGAAAGUGCUCCAAGUUGUUGAUAAGCAUAUGUUGGUCUUUGAUCCCAAAGUGGAGGAAGUCAGUUUCUUUCAUGGGAAAAAAGUUCCAUGCCGUGAUCUUAACAAGAGGCAAAACAAGGACCUCAAAUUUGUAUUUGAUGCUGUAUUUGACGAAGAUUCUUCUCAGCUGGAGGUCUUUGAAGACACUACCCUGACCAUGCUGGAUGGCUUUUUAAAUGGAUAUAAUUGCACAGGUAACUUUCUGCUGUAUUUCUCCCUUUGUUAGCUAUGGAGGUAAUCCUGUAUCAGUAGUCAGUUCUAAUUUGAGCUGGGGCAGGGGUGUCCUUCUGCCCCCUAUUCUAUUUAUAAGCUUUAAAACUUUGUUGUUGCUAUUUUCCAAGCUGUUGGGGAUGUUUGGUUUCUUGUCCUUUGCCUCACAUGUAGUAACUCUCUCUUCCUGCAAAUGAUAGCCAAAACCCCCUGCAUCCCAUUUGCAAAAAAAAUAGAUAUUGCAGUAGUGAAGAGCAUAAGAAUAGUUUUCCUCGCCAUUACUUCCUGCUAGUUCUGAUUCUAACGGUUACUUCUAGCUUUGGUACUGAGCAGUAGCAGUGUGUGUGGUGGAGCAGACCAACAUUGGUGGCGCUGCUGCUUACCAGAACAGUCACAAUGUUGGGAGAGGGGUUCAUGGUUGCACCAGUGGUACCACUGCUGCCAAUCCGGCACGCCUGUCAGUGCAAGUAUACAGUCCUCCCAGCCCCAUUCAGAUAAGCAGCAGUAGAGCCAUGAUCAGAAGGCAGCUCUGUUGAUCCUCUCUGUCACACUGCUGGUUCUGAGCAGUUGCUAGCUAUCACAGUGGUACAGCGUUCUGCAUCCAUAUUUCACUUGCACCUUCUCACAAGUUGAAUGAUAAGUUGAUCGCCUUGGUUGAAGGGCUGCCAUGUUUCUUCCUCUUUCCUCAUUCUCCCUCCCCCCCCAAAAUGAGCAAAUAUAUAUAUCAGGUGAAGCCAGAUUCUCCUGUUUUCAAAUGUUGAGCUACUUAAUGGAUUCACUAAUUAAACGUGCCCCUUCCUACACCCAAUCUUGCUGUUUGUAUCUCACACCUUCCUCCAAAGAAGCCCGUGGCAGCAAAGGUAUCAACCCUAACGCAAUCAAACUUCUAAAAACUGUGUAAAACAGCCUUCUGAAAACGGCUGAAAAUUGCUAAAAGCAAUCGCCUGCUUUCAAUUUAGUGCUUGCUUAUGGCGCAACUGGAGCUGGGAAGACUCAUACGAUGCUGGGCUCGCAGGAAGACCCUGGAGUGAUGUACCGGACCAUGUUGGAGCUCUACAAUGCCAUAGAGCGGAUGAAAGAGGAGAAGCAUUGCGCUAUUGCCGUUUCUUACCUUGAGGUAAGCAGGCGGAAUAAUUUUGCACAAUAACAGUUGUUUUUGUAUAAGGAAUAGGGUGAAAGGGACCCAAACCAGCUUAGUCAGAGGCUGAGAAAACAUUGGCUAUCUUCCAGCCAAACAUUCUGUCUUCCAGCCAGUGUGAGAGAUGUUCUCCUACAGUGCAGUCCCAUGUUUCUGAGGAGUACACCCAUGGCAUCACAGCACCAGAGGAGCCAGUAGAAUUGGAAAGAAAGUGUUUUGAAUUUCUCCCUGACCUGAUAUUGGAGGAUUUAAAACUGCUCCCCCGCUCUGAUCUCAGGGAGCUUCUUGGGAUUCAAGAAAUGAAACAAACAAGCAAAACAACCAAGGGCUUUGCUCCCAGCUGCCAGAGAACAGAAUACAACAUAACUUCCCAGUAGCCAAGCCUAGGAUUAGGUCUCAUGACAGCAUGCACAAUUGAGAGUUUUCUGCUUGUCUAGUUUCAAAUGUAUUGGUGCUUUCCUGUCAAAUUGCCACUAUGCCUCCUUUGCGCUGGAAAGUUAAAACGGCAAUUUGGAUAUUUGGAAAGAAAAUUAGGACUCUUAACUGAGUUUAAAACUUAGGGAUAAAACGUAUCUGGAAGCGCAUGCUAUCUCGUGUAGGUGCAUUUUUCAUCUUCUAAAAUGGGACUACACCUACCAAAUCCAGAUACCUUCUGUAUGAUUAGCUGCUUACAUUUGUGUAUCUUGAUAUCUGCCUUUUCCAAUGCCUUUCCCUCCCAAGGUCUACAAUGAGAAGAUACAUGAUUUGCUUGUAAGUUCAGGACCACUGGCUGUUCGAGAAGAUCCUCAAAAAGGAGUGCUGGUCCAUGGGUUAACAAUGCAUCAGGUUUGCACGUAUUUAUAUUAUCUACGUUAUUCAUUAAUUGCUUAUUUAUUUAUUUAUUUGCCUGCUUGCAGUAUUUACAGCUAGUUCUAUAACACAAUUCUCAGAGUAGCUCACAAAGCAACUGAAAUUCUAUAACAAAUUCUCAAAGCAGUUUUUGAGUCUUUAAGGCUUCACCUAAGAGGAAAAUCUUAAGUUUGAGGUACCUAGUUUGUCACCUAAGUUGUUUUUCUUUAAGUUGCCAGAAAGUUGGCAGACAGGGAACGUGGGAAAUAUUUGCAUUAAAUCUCCCAAUAUUGUAAGGCUUUGUGUGAGUUAGAAGGUUAUUUGUUUUGUUUUUACUUUCACAAUAUUCUGAUUGAUUCUCCCUGUUGACCAAAUUUGUCUUGUCCACAUCAUGUUAAACCAUGGUUUAGUAUUACAUGCAUGCCAGAGUUAUGACGUUUGACCCAAUAGAUAAGCGUGCCUGUCUGCAGCUUCAUUUCCAAAAUUCCAUUUUCCCCCCUAAAUCGGUUUUAACUGGGAUACCUUGAAAAGUUUUCAGAGUCAUUUCAACCCACUACGGGCACUAUUCUAUCAAAAGAAGCAGAACAGAUCAGACUGCCCUCCCAAGCCAUGAUUCAUAUACUAUGGGCAAAUCAAGUCCUUUACAUGAAUGCUAUCUGUUCAGUCCUAUCCAUCUUGAUGUGAAGAUUUACAAGCUUUAUUUCUGGGAAGAAAACACAGUGCAAAACCAUUACUUUAUCAAGACACUUGAAAUACUAGCAGGCCUCUCUAAGUGACCUGUUUGCGAAGGCAGUUGCUAUGAAACAACUGUUUAAAUCAAACGUGGUAGCAAUCUUCAACCCCUUUAUCUCAAAGUUGCGCUGUCAAAAUUGAAACAGUUCUUUUGAGUAAAGUGGCUUGGGGGCUGAAGCGUUUGAUCAAACACAAAAACCUCUUCAUCACAGUUGUAUCCUAACUCAUAUUCUUAAUUUUUUAUAUCUGCUACACAUGCACCUAAUUUCUCCCAAUCUGUCCUCUCAUUUCUGCCUUCUCAUUUCUCCACUUUCCCCUCUUCCUCUUAUUUCUCUUUCUGCUAUUGUCACCCAUAGUGCACCUUGGCUUCUUCGGUCAAGGCUUGGAGGGAAGCUGGCAGCUGGGGGAGAGCCUGCUUCCAGGCAGUCUUCUACCUAUGCCAUUGUUUCCAUUUGUACAGCUAUCAAAGGGCCAAAAAUAUCAGAAGCUGACGGGGGUGGUACUACUACUGUUUAAUGCCUUUAAUGCAGCAGCAGCAAACUAAACAGUGAAGCGAUAUGGUCCCUGCAGAAUUAGCUGACGGCCUGUAAAAAGAAAAGUGGGGGGGGGGGGACUAUUAGAAUAUUCUAUCCCCCAACCCUAAAAGUGUAUCAGCAUGAAGCUGCUGAGCUUGGGGACCAGCUGGGUAGUCCUCUUUUUGCUAAGCCCUGAAGCUUGGCAGUCUACAACGGCCUUGCUCAUGUGGCUCUAAAUUGGAAUAACACGGUGCAGGGGCGACUGUAUUUUUGCCUCCCUGUGGUGUAUGGGAGAAUUUUGGAGGGAAUUGGGGCCACGGAUGUGUGCACUUCGUGACCCUCAACGUAUCCCCAGCUCAGGUUCCCUGCGCCCCCCUCCAUUCACCCAGUCCAGGAUUAUUUUCAUCGGUUUGGGUUAGGGUUGUAAAGUGGCUGGCCCAAACAAGGAUAAUGGAGUCAUGUUUGCCUCCACCUUCCCAGCUUGUACUUCAGCCUACUGGAUAAUUUUCUCUUCACAUCAGAUAUUUGAAGGCUUUCUGGGAAGGCUGAACAUGGAAGCAGACUGCCAAGAAAGCAAACCAAGAUAGCCCUUGGGGAUAAUUGUGUGAGGACUAUUCCCUAUAACAAACAUUGCCAUUAAUGGUCCGAGUCCAUUUUCAUAGGACUGCUCCUGUAUAAAUAUUCAGUUGCUUCUGAAACAAAUAGGGUAUAACCACAUUUUUCUAUCUGUCAAUAGAGUUAUUGGAUAUUGUAUCUUAUUUUUUAAAUUUUGAUGAAUGUGUAAGUCUUACUAUGAGAUCUACUUAUUCAAUGAAUUGAUUUGGGUUUAUUUAAUUCUGUGUUUGUGAAUUCCUUUCCCUUCCUAACGGCUUUAAGAUGAACUUUGCAGUGGCAUCACCACCUACUCAAAGAAUGUGCCUAGCACAACCUGACGGCUAGCGGUUUUGGAAUAAGUAAAAUGAUGCCUUUUAGCUGACCCAACUUCUCGAGGCAACACUAGGCACAAGUUAAUCUUGAACAUAAUCUUCUUUGGGCAGGUGCUGAAGCUUAUGCUCACCUACAGAAGCUGGUUUGAUAAAAGGUAUCUUCUUACCUGCUUUGUGUGUGUCAUCCUCUGGGACCAAGAUGGCAACAAAAGCCAAAGCUACGAUGUUAACAUUAUGACUGAAAUCCCAUGACAAUGAAACUCCCAGAUUAAAAUCUAGCAAAAAGAUUUACUAGUUUCAUUUGACUAUUUCCCCCCCUCCACCUUUUGUAGCCGAAGUCUGCCAUGGAGAUCUUGCAAAUAUUGGACUAUGGAAACAAAAACAGAACACAGCAUCCCACUGAUGUGAAUGCCUCCUCAUCUCGGUCCCAUGCUGUCUUUCAGGUAAGAUGAUACAGCAGAUAAGGUGUCUGAGGAUCUUAGAUAACCUUUGAAGCUUUGUUUAAAAAGAGAGAGAGAAAGAAUCCUUGGCCUAUGGCACACCAGCUAUAAUAGUUUUGGUCUUGGGAAGAGAGAUCCAGCUCGCACUCUUGUCUGCAUUAAAUCCUUUGUGCUAAAUAGCAUUCAGGAGGGGAGCUCUCAUGGUCUCUGCCGUCACUCAACUUCAGAUGAGGAAUCUAUUGAGGUGUCAUAGCUGCUUGUGAGAAAUAAAUGUACUUCACGCUCAUAUAAAUGGCAAUUUUUUUCAUGUGUAACUGCUUCUGUGCAUUUAUUUAUUUUUAUACAUAAAUAUAUAUCAAAAAGUGAUUCCCACUAAAGCAGCUGACUUAGUAUAUAGCAGACUGAGCCUGUGCUGAGUUCAGUGGUGCUUGCUCCCAGGGAGAUGUGGCUGGGAUUGCAAACCAAAAGUAUAAUCCUAUGCACAGUUGCUGGAGAGUUAAGUCUUGCUGAGUUUAGGUAAACUUAUUUUUGAGUAAACAUGUUAAGAUCCCAAAGAGAGUGUUGUUGGAAUAGCAAGCUUUAAGAUUGGUGGUUUCAUUGUGUACGUAGCUGCCAAGGUCUCCCUUUUUUUAAGGGAAAUUCCCUUAUUCCGAAUAGGAUUCCUCGCAAGAAAAGCGAAAAGUUGACAGCUGUGAUUGUGUAUCCUUUAUUGCAUUGUUUAAACGGCACUUUGAGAAUUGCGGGUGGAAAGUGGGAUGAAAAUGUUGGGAAUAUAAAAUAAACAAUCCUUUCUGAAGUGUGUUAAUCCAAACCUGGGUCUCCUGCUGUUUUUUAGACUACAGUUCCCAUCAUUCCUGACUGCUAGCUAGGGAUGAUGGGAGUUGUAGUCCAAAAACAACUAUUGACCUAAGUUUGGGAAACACUGUGUUCAUCUAAGGAGGAGCAUCUAAUCUUCAUUUUUAAUUUCCUUGUCCGAUUCAAUUUUGCACUCUCUGCAUGACUGCCAGAAAGUCUGUAUUACAAAAAGCUUAGGUUUGUGCAUGUUUCCUCCCCUGCAUUGCCCAACUUGUAGGCAUGGAAGGGUGAUUGUUUUAUCUGGAUUCUUUCCUCAUUUCCUUGUUCUGUACUCCUCUGUUUCAGAUCUAUUUGAGACAACAAGACAGGACAGCAUGUAUCAAUCAAAAUGUCCGUAUUGCCAAAAUGUGCCUCAUUGACUUGGCAGGCUCAGAACGUGCCAGCGCCACAAAGACCAAGGGAGCGCGUUUUAGAGAAGGGGCAAAUAUUAAUCGCUCACUGCUAGCCCUUGGCAAUAUCAUUAAUGCUCUGGCAGACCCAAAAGUAGGUACCCAUUUUCUUCUUACCACCUCUCCCACCUGGGAUUGUGUUGCAUAAGAAGGUUAAUGUUCUAUAUUAUUUCCCCCCCCCCCAAUGGCCUAGUAUGUUUGUGUUUUUAAAUGUAAGUUGCUUGGAUACCUUUUAGGUCACAAGUGACUCAUGAAUCUCAAAAAGAAUAGUGGCAUGGUAGGCAUGCAAGAAAAUUGAGCAGGGAUCAGCAAACCUUUUCAGCACUUUUUCAGUCCACUGUCCCUCAGACCUUGUGGGGGGCCGGACUAUAUUUGGGGGGAGGGGGAGAAUAAAUUCCUAUGCCCCACAAAUAACCCAGAGAUGUAUUUUAAAUAAAAGGACACAUUCUGCUCAUGUAAAAACAUGCUGCUGAUUCCCGGACUGUCCGUGGGCCGGAUUGAGAAGGCAGUUGGGCCAGAUCCGGUCCCCAGGCCUUCGUUUUUUCCUACCCAUGAAAGAGUGUAUGUGAAGCAGUUUGGAAUGUGCUAUAAAGUACCGUAUUGGCCUGAAUAUAAGCAGCACUUUCCCCCCAAAUUCCAACCGUGAAAAGUUAAAGCACAGCUUACAUUUGCAACCUUACGGUAUGCAGCCAGGAGUGUGGCAAAGCAGUGCCCGCCCUGCACGUAGUCCCCCAUCCUCUCCCCCAAGGCCAGGAAGGGAGAAAGAGCAAGAAAGGGGAAGGGCUGUCAGAAACACAGCGUGGCUCUCUCUCUCCCUCCCCCCCCCCCCCAGGAGCAGCAAGGAAGGGAGCAGCUUAUAUUCAGAUAUUUUUUCUCCGCCCCCCUCCAAUUUUAAAGGUGUGGCUUAUAUUCAGGCCAAUAGGGUAGUUGUUCCCAAACAUUUUGGUAUGGUGGCCCAACAAUUCAAAAUUCACUUAGUACAGUGACCACUUUGCUGCUGCUAGCCGUUCCAGCUGAUUCUCUUGGUGUUUGGAGCAGGAAGCCUAGGUCAGCAGGGACUUCCAUGCAGGAUUUGCCCUGGUGAAAGUAGAGAUGAAUAGCAGUAGCAGGUUGAGCAAAGCCCAUCAAAUCACUUAUAGCACUUAAAAGAAGUAACUAAAUAUAGGAUGUGGGUUGAAUCUACUACAGGUUUCCCUUUGUGUUCCCCUCUUUCGGUUCCUCUAGAAAUCUAUAAACAGUGCUUGGCAUACACUGAACUUCAGGAUUUAUUCUGCUGGGAACACAGAACUGCUGCUGCUGAAUUUGGGAGGGAAUCUGGGUUUUCACUAGACUGCUGACUCCUUGUAUGUACAGGGAUCUGCGGGUGGAGAGAAUGUAGCACCCAUCCUUUCUUUGCAAGAAUUGGAGAAUCUAAAUUGCUGGUACCCUGUCUCAUAUAGGAGGACAUUUUAAGGGAUUGGCUAGGUAUUGCAAGAGGCUUUCUAGUGGGGGGGAAAUUCAAGGUUUUUAUCUCCUGUCAUUUAUGUGCAUUGUGAAACAGCUGUUCAUAGUAAGUCAUGGUCUGAUGCUAAAGUAAUCUCAGCACUCCAUUAAACACUCACCCUCUUCUGUGUGGGGUUGUGUGUGUUUUUUUGUUCCUCCAGAAGAAGAACCAGCACAUUCCUUAUCGGAACAGCAAGCUUACUCGUUUACUGAAGGAUUCUCUAGGAGGAAAUUGUCGCACGAUAAUUAUAGCUGCUGUUAGUCCUUCUUCUCUGUUCUAUGAUGACACAUAUAACACUCUUAAAUAUGCCAAUCGAGCCAAGGACAUCAAAUCCUCUGUAAGUAAACUUCUUUUUAAGUUCUGCGCUGUUGCUUUCAAAUUAUAAAAUGAUGUCUGUUUGUUCUGAUUGAGUGGAUAAUUGCAACAGGGGAAAGAUAUUGCCCUCUCUUUUUUGCUUCAUAUUUUUAAAUAUUGUGGCAAUCUUACUGAGCACUUUUUCUUUUUACGCAAGCAGUGUCACAACUGCCUUCUUUGCUGCUUGUACUUUCUUAUCUACCCUUCUCUCUGUUUCAUGGCAUUAUUUCAAAGGAGAAAACAAUUCCUUGAUACACUUAACCUACAUCCACUUUCCCUUCUCCCUUCCGUAUUUUCCUUCUUCAUCUGCUUCUCCUCAAUGCAUAUCUUAGGCCUUUCUCAAGAGUAUCCUUACAUAAAGAAGAUCCUGGGAGCGGGUGCAGUUACUGGGUGUUGUAAUCUGCAGAAAGGAGUGGGGAAUUCCCCCCUGGGAUGAGCACAGCUUUGGAUCCUGCCCAUUGGGUUGAAACUCAACUAAAGCAAGCAAAGUUUAUCUGGCACUGGCGAAAAACGGCAGGUGGUGAUUGCCACCAAUUCAUUCUCCUCUCUGGCCCUGGGGAAAGCUGUUCUGGAGGGUUGGGGAAAACUCCAGAACCAUGUGGGAGCAGCAGGAGGAAAGAGUAAUUGGUGAUAAUUGUGGAGUGGAAGUCUGAAUCCAAGCCAUGACUUUUAUUAUUUUUAGGCAUGUUUGGAUCCAUCCCAUUACCUUUUUGUUACCUUUAUUUAAUCAGGGGGUUUUGUGACUGAUGUUCGUGUUGCUUGAUACGAUGUUCACAUGGCAUGUUUUCCUUAGCAAAGGAAGAAUAUGCUGUCUUCUGAUGUUUAUGAAGCUGAACUUUGUCUUCUCUUCACAGCUGAAGAGCAAUGUAGUAAGCUUGGAUAGUCAUAUAAGCCAAUACGUUAAGAUUUGUGAAGAACAAAAGAAAGAGGUAUGUCAGUUACUAGAAUAGUUAAUGUUGCUUUAGUUACACAUAAAGGAUAACAGUAUAAUUAAAAGGGAACCAGGCAGAGGGCCUUCUCGGUAGUGGCGCCUUCCCUGUGGAACACCCUCCCACCAGAUGUCAAAGAGAACAACAACUACCAGGCUUUUAGAAGACAUCUGAAGGCAGCCCUGUUUCGGGAAGCUUUUAAUGUUUGAUGUAUUAUAGUAUUUUAAUAUUCUUUUGGAAGCCGCCCAGAGUGGCCGGGGAAGCCCAGCCAGAUGGGCGGGGUAUAAAUAAUAAAUUAUUAUUAUUAUUAUUAUUAUAAAAGAAGGCAUUAAUUGUUGUGCACCCAGAUUUCCAGAAAACCUGGUGUUUGUGUCGUAUUAGGUGUAAUGUAGAUCAUUAGUAUGGCUUUAAAAAUUGGUUUUGAAAAAGAAACUCAUGGAAUACUAAAAAUGAGAUACAAACCGCACAUGCACCCAUUUCUUUCAAAUACACUAUUAUCCUGUUUCAGAUCAUCAUGCUGAAAGAGAAACUACGAGUCCUUGAGUUGGAAAAAACAUCUUCUCCUGACAGACAUGCCACAGAUCAACAACAGGUGGAAAUUUCAAGGUAAAAAAUAAAUAAAUGCUUGCUUAUUGUGUUGUCUUGUACAAAGUUAUGACAUGAUCCACAACUGCUUGUGUGUAUAAGAUGAUAAAAUACUUCUAAUACCUUCUCUCUUGUCAGCCUUAGUUGGUCAAUGGUACGCUGUCAGCCAAUGUACCAUAAUGCACCUGGUCACUCCUUACAACAGAGAGGCUCGUCCAUACUUUCAUAUUGUUAUCCAGUGGCCUCCUCCCUUGCCAAAAUUUAAUGUACAAGCUCCUGGGGAUCUAUAGGGAAGUCGAGAUUAACACCUGGUCAAUAAGCAAACUCCCAUAUAUGGCCACUCCCAUGCACAAAGGAGGGAACAUUUGAAUAUCUUAUUGUGCCUAUAAAACAGCCAUUGUUCUUUUCUUGAUGGUAUUGCCUUUAAUGUUAUCCUGGGAUAAGGAUUCAACACCUGAAAAUGCAGGUUUGAAAAUGCAGGUUCCUACUUUUAAGGGUACCUGUCCUUAAACUUGAAUGCUCAGGUCCCAGAUGUAGCCAGAUAUGCCUUUGCCCAGCUUAAGUUGGUGCACUUGUUCCUGGAGACUGAAGAUCUGGCCGUGGUAGCACGUGUCAUAGUUACAUCAUGGAAUCGGAGAAUUGUAGAGUUGGAAAUGACCACAAGGGCCAUCUAGUCCAACCCUCUGCAAUGCAGGAGUAAUUUGCCAAACUUGGUGCUUGAACCCACAACCCAUGUCAGGACUGUACUCCCCAGAAUUAUGUUUAGUCAGAACCAGGGAUAGGACCUUCUCAGUUGCUGCACGCAAGCUCUGGAACCCCCUUUCAAGAAACAUUCAUCUUACCUCCUUGUUACUGGUUUAUUUUAUUCGCCAUGCUGUUGAAUUUCCUUUUUUAGAAAGGCUCUUCAAGUGUGUUUUUAAGCUGGGGCAAAAUUUGUUAAAUUUUGUGCUGGAAAUGGUUUUCAAUGGAUACUUUCAUUUUUACUAUGCUAUUUUUACCAUUUCCCUUUUUGUAUUUUUUAAGCAUUUGUAUUAUAACUUUUUUAUAUUGUUUUAGCUGUCUUGGGCUCUCUUAGUAAAAUGGGCAAUAUAAAUAUUUUCAAUAAAUAAAUAUAACUGCUGUUUACAGCUAUAUUUUCUGUCUAAGCUCUAGAAAUUCAGUUAGGCAUAAGGAGAAAAAUUAUGCCCAGUAAAAUCUCUCUUUUGAAGUUUUAACGCUGCCUGGUGCUGUGAAAUAACCUAAUACCGACAGGGGCAGUGGAAGGGUUAAAAGUGCAGCUGUGUAACUUGUGCAUGUUUGAGACAGUGGGUCCUUAUCCAAUCUGGCAAAAUCAGGAUUCCAGGAACUGGGAAGCAAGCACUAGCCACUGAGAAUGUGGGAAUAUAUUCCAUGUAACAUCAAGAUAAUCACGAGAAUUUGAGCCCCUAGAUCUCGUGUUAAGAGCAAAUUAUCGGCAGCUCCGUUUUGGUUCGAAAUACCAUUUAUUUCAAAAACAGGAAUUCAAAAAUACUAUUACAGGGGUGUGUUUAAAAAAAGAAUCUUCUGUUAAGAGAGAAUUGCUGCCUACUUAGUUAAAAAUAAUCUGGAAAAUUAUGUUUUGCACAACUGUGUAUAUAGCAAGACAACUUUUUAAUGACCUUUUUCUGUAUAAUAAACACAUUAAGCAAUUUUACUCUCUUAAAUCUCUGACAUAAACUAAAGCUGCUAUAACUCCAUAUAUAGACAAAUAUCCCCAGGGAAGAAUCAUAGGUGCUAAUCACCGUUUGUUACAUUACAGAUUUUUACAGUCGAACUUUCCCAUGGUAACCCGCAUUUUAAUGCUCCAAUUAAGAGGUUUUUAAGCUACUAAAAGCUGUCAAAAAAGGCACACCUGUUGAAACACGUGAAAUCUAAGUUCUAAUAAUUUACAGCUGUAUUGACAUCCUGAAUUUAUAAGAUAAAACAUUUUUAUGCUUGGAGACAGAGCCAUUUUAGAUCCUUUAGAGCAGCAGCUAUCGCAGGGGUCCCUUCCAACUCUACAAUUCUAUUAUUCUUGCGGGGGGGCAACCUACAAGAAAACUAUGCAGAUGGCGCUACUGCAGGCUCAGUCCACCUACCUGCCCACCAGCUGAUGACCAAUGUUUCAGGAGACAGCUUUCCAGAAAAUCUCUAGCAUUGCUUUGUCAAUACAGCAUUUCCCCUUUUGCCUAUUCCUUUUUUUCACAUGCGCUAAAGUCAGUGUUCUGCACACUGGCGCUCCUUUUUGACCAGGUGCUGCUUAGUAAGCCACUUGAAAACUUACUGUAUCUAAAGGUAAAGGGACCCCUGACCGUUCAUGGACGACACUGGGGUUGUGGCGCUCAUCUCGCUUUACUGGCCGAGGGAGCUGGCUUACAGCUUCCGAGUCAUGUGGCCAGCAUGACUAAGCCACUUCUGGCGAAACCAGAGCAGCGCAUGAAAACGCAGUUUACCUUCCCGCUUGAGCAGUACCUAUUUAUCUACUUGCCCUUUGACGUACUUUCGAACUUCUAGGUGGGCAGGAGCAGGGACUGAGCAAUGGGAGCUCACCCCAUCGCAGGGAUUUGAACCGCUGACCUUCUGAUCAGCAAGCCCUAGGCUCUGUGGUUUAACUCACAGCACCACCCACAUCCCUUUUUUACUAUAUCAAACUUGGUAGCAAGUAAAGAGAGGUGGUCCCGUCUGAGCUCCUUGGUUAAGCUGUCGAAUGGCAUGCAUUGCUGAUUGUUGCUUCAGAUCGUAAAGGCAUGGCGAGUGUUUAAGCAGAUAUCUCCUGGCUCCUGUCCUUGAGAUUAAUGUCUGAAUGAAAAGCACACUGCUACGUGAGGACUUUCACUGCUGGUGUACCAUCGUGGCAUUCUGGACCUUAAUGGGACCUGACAUGGUCCCCCACAGUGCAAAGCCUAGACCAAAACAAAGGGGUUUGUGCUAGUCAAUCCAAUAACGUAGCCUUUUGAUACACUUACAUGAGAGAAUAUGGGAACUUGGGGGUUUCAUUCAGAUCUGGGGAUUAUUUUAUUAGUUUCCCUGAUUAUAAUGCAUUUCUGUCCUGGAUUCCAACCUUCUUUUUACCUGUUGGGUUAUGGAAAUGUGGCUUUUUGAUCAAAAUUGCACGAAAUGUUUAAAUGACAAGAAAGAACAGGUUAUUUGAGACACUGCCUUGCCCCUUAUAUACUCAGUAGGUUGCUGCAAAUAUUACUGGACUUCCAUAUUCCAUCAGCCUCAGCCAGCAUUGUCCAUGGUCAGGGAUGAUAGCAGCUAUAGACCAGCAACAUAUUUUUUAAAAAAACUUUUUAAUGUUUUUAUUCUAUGGUUUUAUGUUUUGUGGUUUUAUUCUGUAAACCACUUUGGUAUUUUUAUGAUAAAGUACUGCAUAAAUUUAAUAAAUAAUAAAUAAUUAUCAUCAUAAUCAUUUUGUAAACAAAGAAGCAUCUGAAGUACCACUCCUACUUUAACCUCUUUCGUUAAGCAUAAUUUUUUUUAAUUGAAGCUGCUGUUUACUACAGUGUAACGCCCUGCCACGAAGCUGUGUUUUGUGUAACUUGGUCCUUUUCUAUAUAAAUGUUUGGGGCAGGUUUAGAGAAAUUUUGAAGUGCGUGUUCGCAAAUCGAGAGGAAAUCAGGCAAGAGUUUCUGAAGCUGGAACUGCGCCAUAAAGAAAACAUCCUGAAAACCCAUUAUCAAAAAAAUUGCCAUGAACAAAUUGAAAUGAUGUGCGCUCCGGAGAGAAUGGAGAGGGUAAGCUAUUAGUAUGACAGUUCUGCUGUCCUUUCUGCCAUGUUUAUGCCAAGCUUUUAGGGCUAAUGAAAAGAACAUGGUUCUGAUCCUGUGUGUCUCCUUACUGCAGUUAUCCAGGGCCUCUUGAAACGAAUUACAAGGGUUAGAUCUUUGGGGUGUUCACCUGAACCCUCUCCUAUGGAAAGCAUGCACGAGAGUGUUGCAAGGUUGCACUGGCAAUACAUGCGCCAGCAGUCAUUUGAAGCAGCACUAUGCACAUUCAUUUAGAGGAAUGUGGAGCUACUUCACACAGCUAUAAAGCAUUCAGCCCCCAGCACACAUAUUAGCAGCACUAGCUGACACCAUCUUUUCAUGUGCUUUUGGUGUAUGUGUGGGCUCGCGUGAAUCCUCUUAACAUGGUUUCUAAUUAGAAUUCACCUUGUCCUCCUGUCCAGGUCCCCCCGCCCUGUCCUACCACCUGUGCAGGAAAUUUUCUUUGGGGAUUCAAGUACAGAGGCUCAUACCAAAUUCUCAAUCGGUCAGACUUGAUUUAGUAAAGCAUUCUCGAACAAAGUUCAAAGAGUCUACCAGAGCUUUAUAAAUAGGCGAGAUGUACAUCAUCUUAGCUGCCUGGCCUCUAACUGAAUCACCUUCUGCCACCCCAGCCCCUCACCAUCUCUUCAUCCAGCCACAGUCCUUGAAAUACAACUUGUUCAACCCACUUUCACUGUAUGUAUUAGAACUCUUCUUGCACCUUGUAUGGAGUUAGUUUUCACUUUAAACAUUCACCUGUUACGUUCCUCCUUAACUGGUUCUUACCAGUUUUGUAGUCGGGUUACACUCCUGAGUACAUAAUAGGAAUUCUACCUCACACUGUGUUGUUAAAGCUCUUUUAUAUGUCCUCUGACUUGUCUGCAUACUUUUUCCUUGGUGCCCACUUCUCUUGUCAACUCUUUUUCCCCAUUCCUUUGGCAAUCUUGCUGCUCACAUCUGCUGGCUCUUAGUUUACUUUUGGGGGGCUCUUUCCUCUCAGUGGGUCUCCCCAGCAUUACUUUUUCUGCCCCUCAAGGUUUGCUGAUCAUAGCGUUCUUUCUCUACUCUUACUUUGCUUUCCGCCACUACACAAACUGAACCACCUCAGCUGUUACUCCAUUUUGUGACUUUUCUUUAAGAACGACAGGAAAGAGGGCUUGGGCCUGAGCUGCCAGUUUUUAUUCUGUGUGGUGUAAGGAGGAACUUUGUACUCCUGGCUCUGCAUUUUACGGAUAGGCUUUUUACUUCUGAUUUUUUAAUCAUACAUUGUUCAUAUAUUGCCUCUCACAUAUAAUGUGGCUCAAGUGGCUAAUACUUAAAUGUAUAAAACUUCCCUCACAUAGCAGUUUAACUGUAAGUGACAAUCUUUGAAGUUCUGUUGCAAAACAAUUUUGUGUGUUAGGUUUUCUUAGACAUCUGCUUUCAAUUGAGCAUAGUGAUAGCUGUCUGAAAUGGAAGGUGAUAUAAAUUUCUUCUGUUGAACUAAGCAGGAAAUAUUUUAAACGCUGAAAUGCAGGGUACAUAUACUGGCAGCUUUUUCUUUUCUUUUUCUUUCUUGCUCUUAAUAGUCAAAAUCAUGUCUUAAAUUUGGGAGUUCAAAGAGCAUUUGGGGGCCGCAUUCUUCAGAAAUCGCACUGGAAAAAAUAUUGGGUUCACAUGCAGAACAUUCAAGCACCCACCCCACUCCUUUGGGGUUCAGGCAAAAAAACCUAAAUGAAUUAUUUGGACCAACUCUGUUACAGUGGUGCCUCGCAAGACGAAAUUAAUUCGUUCCGCAAGUUUUUUCUUCUUGCGAGUUUUUCGUCUUGCGAUGCACGGUUUCCCAUAGGAAUGCAUUGAAAAUCAAUUAAUGCGCUCCUAGGGAAACCGACUUCAGACCAGGUCCGGGACAGUCUGUCCCCCGACCUCUUCUGAAGGCUGGGGGGGACAAGGGCUUUUCUUCCCACUCCACCCCAGCAUUUUCAUCAACCCCGGGACAGCGGAGGGCUUCUCCGCUGUCCGGGGCGAUCUUAAAAUGCUGGCGGGCGGCAUUUUAAAAUUGCCCCGGGACAGCGGAGGACUUCUCCGCUGUCCGGGGCAAUUUAAAAGCCCCCGGGAAGGCAGGCAGGGGGCACAACGACCUUUGCCCCCCGCCAGCCUUCAGAAGAGGUCCUGGACCUCUACUGAAGGUUGGCGGGGGGCGAAAGUCUUUGUCCCCCCACCUGCCUUCAAAAGCUGUCCAGCCAAGGCUCGCGGAUCUCUCCAGCAAGCAGCGGCAGCACUGCCGCUGCUUGCGGAGAGUUGCCGGCAUGCCGAGCCUGCGCGCGCUGAGAUCAGCGCGCCCAGGCUUCGCGGACCUCUCCGCGAGCAGCGGCAGCGCUGCCGCUGCUUGCGGAGAGUUGCCGGCAUGCCGAGCCUGCGCGCGCUGAGAUCAGCGCGCCCAGGCUUCGCGGACCUCUCCGCGAGCAGCGGCAGCGCGCUGCCGCUGCUGCGGAGAGUUGCCGGCAUGCCGGAGCCUGCGCGCGCUGAGAUCAGCGCGCCCAGGCUUCGCGGACCUCUCCGCGAGCAGCGGCAGCGCUGCCGCUGCUUGCGGAGAGUUGCCGGCAUGCCGGAGCCUGCGCGCGCUGAGAUCAGCGCGCCCAGGCUUCGCGGACCUCUCCUGCCUUCAAAGCCGUCCGGGAUAGCGGGAAGCGCUUCCCUGCUAUCCCGGACUGCUUUAAAAUGCUGGCGGUGGGGAGCAAAGCCUUCGCCCCCGCCAGCCUUCCUGGACCUCUUCUGAAGGCCGGAGGGGGGAAGGCUUUGCUCCCCACCGCUAGCAUUUAAAAGAGGUCCUCGGAGAUUUCCCUAUGGGCUUUCGUCUUGCGAAGCAAGCCCAUAGGGAAAUUGCUUUAUGAGCGCCUCCAAAACGGAAAACCCUUUCGUCUAGCGGGUUUUCCGUCUUGCGAGGCGUUCUGCCUUGCGGGGCACCACUGUACUUAUGAUUUGGGAGAGUGUGGGCUGAACUAGCUGAUACAGAGAGGGAACGGCUUGCAACAGCAGUCAGCUUUCCCUCUGGUAAAAUCUUAAGUUUUUUAAAAAAUAUGUGUGUAUUUAUUUUUUGAUAAAAAAUAUUUGCAUGCCACGCUUUCACAAGUGGUUUACAACAAAUAUAAUACAAUUAAAACCACACAAAAAUUAAAACAGAUGGCAUGACACUGGGCUUCGCUGAUGACAACAGCCUGUGAACUCCAGCACAGUUGAGGAAACUGAAUAAUAUGGCAUCAUGUGUUCUGUUUUGCAAAGUGUUACUGGAAGGACGAGGUGCUGGGCUGUUGCUUUGGUGGUAUGUAGUUCGCCAUAGUAUCCGGUUCUGUCCUUUAGUUUGAAACUUAGGUUUGUUUUGUUACAGGCGACUGACAAGCACGACCACCGGCUUGCGUUACUUAAAACCCGGCGUUUGCAAAUAGAGCAGAGGGAAGCGGAAGAGACUAAACGCUUAGAGGACAACACUAAUUGGUUGCACCGGGUCGAAAACGAAAUGCGCCUCCUAGGUCAAGAUGGCCAUAUUCCUCAGGUAAGCCCCUUUGCCUCUGGUUGGCCACUGUGAGAACAGGAUGCUGGACUUAGAUGGCUUAAUCCAGUAGUACUGUUCUCGUGUUCCCUUUGGCUCCUGGGAAAUAUUUUGGAUGUUCAAGUGAGAGGGAUUGUUCUUUAUUCUACUAUAGCAGUAAGCAAAGGGCUGUCUAUCAUAUAUAUAUGGACUCUAUCAUAUAUAUAUAUAUAGUGGACUUUCCACACUCCAGACCAGGAAUUUGCUUGGAAAGGCAGAACUGAAGGAAGAUGAUGGGUCAGUGAGGGUGAGCAGGGAAUUGGUUUUGAGCUGACCCUUCAGGCCAGAUCACUUCCCAUCUUGCUUCAUGUGUCCUUCCUCGGUUACUUAAAAAUAGUGCUUGCUAACUGUGACUGUAAAGGCUUUCCCAUUUGCAGAUAGCUGCUUUGUAAUGUGGUAGAAGACAGAUAUUUUCUGUUGCAAUUUUCUCUUUUAAAUGUGCAUGUUUUUUCACUGCUUUCAAUGAAAAUAGAUUGAUUCCUCCCCCCCCCCUUUUUUAAAUUGCUGUACUUCCCUGAAUAGUAGUGUAUCUGCAAUAGACUAUUGUAGUUUCUUGUCGUUCACGUAGCGUAAGAGUAGAUACUGUCUUCAUAUGAAAGAAAAGAAGAAAACCAGGAAGCGAACAAAGCACCUGCCUUCCAUUUUUCAAACAAGCCUAUAAACAAAAUUGACCUGGUGUCUGCUGCAUUCUUCCCGCAACCUCAGUGAAAUAAUACCUUAUCCAUCUUAGCCACUGCUGAAAAUGGAAGUUAUUAGCAUGUAAAAAUGUGAUAAUAACUGGGAGUCGCAAGGAUGAGAGCCAUGCUUGAUGAAUGCUAGUAUGCCCCCACUGUCACUGAAGACCAGAUAUGGCACUGGUCAUUUUUAAGGACUUUACCUCAGUUUUGUGUAGGUUUUUUUUGGGGGGGGGGGGUCCUGCACCCUCCUCCAGCCUGGAAGCUUUCAAAGCACCAGCAUGCAGGCAGGGUUUGAUACUUUGCUUCUCAAGCAGCCCCAGACUUAAGGGGCUUCAAUAAGAGGUCUCCUAGGUCAUUCCGGUUUGGUUUUAACUUGAAGUGCCUUGGUUGAUUUGUAUUAACGGCUAUCAGCUCCGAGUGAGAUUCAAUAUAUACAGGUAUAACGUUAAUUCAAGAAGCAUUGUUAGCUAUUGUUAACGCAAGGGGAAGUAGCAUGAUAGUACAAAUCAGUGUAUGGUAGGCAAAAAUUGCACGAGAUUUCCCUUGGCCCAAGCCAACAGUUAGUUAACGGAAUGGCUGUUGCCACAAUUGGAUGCUACCCUCUUGACCUAUUCCCCAUCACUUGGCAAGACUUCCACUCUAGAAGUAGGACUGUUGUUUUUCAAAGUAGUAGCAUUCCUGUCAUUACUGGGUUGGCUGCCUAUGAGCUUGGCUUCAACGUGGCUCCCUUUUCCAGGAACUCAACCGAGAUCUGCAGUACUUCCAUUUGAAGUUGGAAGUGAAGGAUUUGAGAACUCAGGCUGAAUACAUGAGGACUCUUGCAUCCCUCCAAGAACAGCAAUAUAAACAGACAGAAAAGUAAGUCGACGUUUGAAAUGCCAUAUUUUGAACAGCUUCCCUAUUUAAAGCUUUUGACGUAUGUGGAGGCUACAAAUAGGCUAAUUUUACACGAAAAUUGUGGUACAUUUGAUUAAACUUUCGUUGGACUGCUUUUGAACAAGAGGUCUGAAAGUGACAACGACAAUGUUUCUUUUUCUGUCCUAUUCCACAAAGCUGAACAGAUUGCUCUCUAGUUCUUUCAGAAUAUCUUAGUAGGAACACUUUGACCUUUUAAGCUCAGUGGUGGCCAAUCUCUUUGGAAGGUGUGCAGCAAAUCAAAUCCAGAGCAUGAGAGUGCCAUUUUGGCAUCCAUUGUAGUCUAUAGGCAGACUGCUGUGACUUCAUAGCUUUGCCUCUUGUCUUGCCUCUGGAACCAGGAAUAAGGCAGUCCUGCAGUGUGGAAGAUGUAGGCAGGAGAAUGUGCCUAGUUCCAUUCUGUGGGUAGCUAACCUUUUUUUCUGGCCUGAAGGCCAAAUUCACUCUUGACCAGUGAUUCAGGGGCACAUGUCAGUCGUGGGUAUCUCAUGCACCACAGGUACCCAGCCCAGCCCUUCUCUUCAGCUGAUUAUAAAUGGGGGAAUGGGGGGUUUUCACCUCCACCCCCUCACCAAACAAUGACUUGGCCAAGGGCUUGGGACUGUCCUUGAAGACAUCUCUGAUACUUCAACAGGUCUAAAAUACAGAAGCCAGAUUACUGGCUCCCUUUGGAACUCCUAUAACCCCUCUUUUAAAACAGCUGAUCUUAAUAGCAUUUCCCUUCCUGGGAAUUUUCCCCUUAGAGAAGCCUAUAGAAUAGAUACCGAUGAAUGAGUUCUUUGUAGGCAGCUGCUCAGUGGUGCCUAACAGUGAGAUGAUAAAUUUCUAGUCUGACUACCUACCUGGUUUGAAGGACCUGGUUGAUGACCUAUACCAAGAUCUCUCAUUUGGUUUAAGGGUUAGCACCAACACUUUAAAUUAUGCUCAGAAAGCCAAUUGGGAGCCAAUGUAGGUCUUUCAGGACCGGUGUUACAUGGUCUCGGCAGCCGCAUUCUGAAACUGCAAUUAAUCCAGAAUGCAGAAAGAUCAACUCAAAUAUUUUAGGGUAUAGGAAUCCUGUUGAAAAUGUAGGUUGGCACCUAAGGAUUAAUGACCAUAAAAUCAAAUCUAGAAUUGUGAAGGCACUUUGCAACAUUUAACCCCAGAAAGAAACUCUACAAAUAUAAACACUAGGUUAUUGGGAAUAUGGUCAGAGUGUUAAAAUUCAAACAGGCCUUCUGACAAUAGUCUUCUCUCACUGCGCAACUGAUGUUUAAAAGCUUGUGUAUACUUUCUAAGUAGAAUGUCUGCAUAUAUAUAAUGUUCCUUAAAUACAAUUUACAUGAAAGCAGCAUGCAGUGCUAUCUCUGAAAUGUUUGUUGCUUAUUUACCGUGAAACUUUCAUUUUUUAACAGAAUACUAAGUGCUUUGCUUUCUGUUAUAAGAAAGCAGUACGUAGCUUUGAAAACAGCAGGAUUAGCAAACAGUGCUGUUGAGGAUGACUUCAAGGCUUUUGAGCAGCUGAUUCACAGAGAGAAAGCCGUUGUCUGGGCUGACCAGAUGACUGAAAAAGAACCAAAACAAAAUGAUUCACCAGUGAUGUCUGCUAUCAUGGCCUUUCCACAACUUGUGAGUUACCAGAAUACUCCUUGCCGUAAGUAGACAAUUGUCUCUUUUUCUAUUUUUUAAGGUGUUGCACCUUCCCUAAGGAGAAAAAGGUCAAAUUUGAAGGUAGAUUUACAGUGAGUUAGAUCCAUAAUGCCCCUUCCUUGUACUGAAAGACUGGAAUUCCAGCAGAGGCAGCUGCUGGAGAAAGGGACUGGGAAGGUGAGCUUCAGCCCCUGCAGCUCCCAGUCCUUGGAGGGUCACUGAACUGUCCAGAACAGCUUUUGAGGGGUCUGGAGAGCAGCCUCUCCACCCACUUUCUCUAGCAGGAGUGCCUUGCAGACAGAAUAAUGGUGAUGGUGAUCUUUUUAUUGAAAGUUCAAAAAGUACCUAACUAUAUGUGCACCAGACAUGGUGAACGCAAACCAAAAAGAGAAACAGAGCCUGUGCAGGAGGGAAAACAAAGGGGGAAACCCAAAACUAUAUAUUUUACAAGGCAAGUCUGCGUUUAUAUGCAAGACGUUCAUAUGUUGCGAGUUUGUAUAAGCCUUCAAUCCAAUCGUAGAAGGGUGCCGCAUUUUUAUUUUUCCAAUUCAUCAGUAUCAGUCUUUUUGUGGUAAGGGCACGGAGAGUCCACUCACAUUGUCCUUUUGUAAGGUUCCAUGUGCUGGUUAUAUAAUUCAAGAGGAUAUUUUGCUCUGUAAAUGUAAGGUUGUUCUAUACAGUUCUGUUGAUGGUUUCAGGUACCUUCUGCCAAAAAUCUUUCAAUAUAGGACAUUGGUUAUUAUGAAGAUUAUAUCUUUAUUUAUACCCCACCUUUUUCUCUGUUGAGACUCAAGACAGCUUACAGAUAAAAGACCUGCCAAUAAUUAUUACAAGUUCUCCUCGCCUGAAUUCUGAAUCCAGCCAAAUGUGACUAAACCUAACUUUAGUGUAGCAGCUAAAGUGUAAGAUAGCAAAAGAAGCCCUUUCUUGGAAAUGGUGUGCGUCAUCCCCUCAGGAAUAUCCGCCUAUAUCACUCAACUCUUCCUAAUGUAGCAGUUACAGCCUUGCGAAAAUAUCAGUUCUAGGGUGGGCAUUGAAAUGAAUCUGAAUGUAGCUUUUCUCCAGAUCACCGAAGAAAGUAGAAAAUGUUGAUAUAAGCCUUGAUCCAGAUAAUUAUUUAAAGAUACUUGUGUACAGCAAGACCUUUUCCUUCCUGUUUUGUAACCUUUCUGAAUUCCUCCACAGCGCUUGUGAUGUUUCAUUUGAGAGGUGGGCUGUUUUGUUAAGAUAAGGAAAAUACCCACUGUACACCUGACAAAUAAGGGUGAUUCGACAGAUUAAAGCCGUUUGUUAGCUUUGUGUUACUUUUCCUAGUGCAGUGCAGUCAUCUUUUGCCGGUAUCCUUAUCAGUAGAUAGUCUGGGCGUUUGUACGAUCCGGCCAAUUUAUGCCAUGAACAGUCUUAUUGGUCAUAAAAUGAAGUAAGGCACCUUUCAAUCGGUUUAGCAAACGUUGUUUCCUGUCUGUGGCUUUCUGUUGGAAAUGUGAGCGCUAAUGUUUCUACUGACUCCUCCUUAAUGCGGUAAUUUUCUGCAUUUACUGUACCUCUACAACUUCUGCAUCCUGGGUGCUCCCUUCCCUAGAGACAUUUCAGAGCAAGCAGCAAUGCAGAUAGGAAUUGCGGGGGAAGUUGCAAGGUCGCUAGUGAAAAUAAUUUGAUUUAUGCAGAAACACAAGGGGGAGAAUUGCUGUUGGUCUUCCCAAGCCUAUGGUUUUAGAGAGUCCAAGGUGAUCCUGGGUAUUCCUUCUACAAUUAGAAGAUCAGUAUUGGCAAACUUCACUGAAAGACUUCCAUUCCUGAUCUUCCCUAGUCUGAAUGCACCCUCAGCUUCCGUAGGAAAUGAUGAGGCCCAAUAGAUCUUGUCACUACACCAUGUGAGCUUGUGGUGCACUCUGGAUCCUCCAACCUACGAUACAUGUGCACUUCAACAGUUAGAUUGAUGUGGGAAAGUUUCCUUCGAGGCAGAAAAUUUGGAAACCAACCCUCCUAAACAAAAUACUAAUAUUUUCAGAAACAAAAUAUGCUAUGGAGAGCUAUGCUUAAGAACAAGACUUCGUGAAACACUGGAUAUUUUAUAAGCCUUCUAGAGCUCUUACCAUCUAAACUUGGAUAAACAAAACGGUACUUAUAAGUUAGGAUGGAACAUUUGUAUGUUUUGUUUAAAGAUCCAACACACAAAAAUCACCAGCAGCAGAAAUUAUUUCUUAGAAAAGUCAUGGGGAGCAGGGAGUUCCCAUGUUGUUAGGAAGCCCCGACUUAUCUUUAGUUAGGAAAUUUUUAAACGACAAUUCAUACAGAUCCCAUUGCACCCUUUUUGGUUCAUUGAUUUUAUUUAUUUAUUUAUUUUGGUAUGCAAUCUAUUCAAGAUGUUAGGCAGGAAAUGGGGUUUUGCACAGAGGCUGAAAAAACAUUGGCCACCUGUUACACAGUGGUCAUUAUUCCUCAUUUAAAAAUCCAUAUUUUACUUGCAGCAUAAUUGCAUGGGCUUUACUUGUCAACAUAACAGUAAAGCUGUUCCAUUUUGGGGGCACCAGACUCUUGGUUUCCAAUCCAUUGUUGAAUUAAGAGACAUAUAUGUUCCCGUGGGAAUAUUUCAGAGGGUUUUCCAAAAUUCUCUAUAUUUGGAUAAAUUGGUCAUCAUAAUGUUUCAUUUACGAUGAAGUAUGUAUGCAGUAUAAUUUUAAUAAAAUAAUGGGCAUCUCGGGAAUUAAACAGGAAGGGUGUGUGUGAGCCCAGCUUGCUAGCAUAUGUAGUUUACUGUUUCGCUCUUAAAUGUGGAUUGAUUACUAGGAAAGUGUAGUUUGGAAAUGCUUUCCCCCUAAAUGUCUUCCUUUAGAUGUUAAGUGUAGCAAUACCCAUAAAUGCCAGCUAUGUUGUCUAGUACCAAUAAUGCCAUCUACUGUGAAUUAUCAGUGGAUGAUAGCUUACGUCUCAGCAUAUUUAUAAUAUUUGCAGUGGUACCUCGGCUUAAGAACUUAAUUCAUUCUGGAGCUCUGUUCUUAACCUGAGGUACCACUUUAGCUAAUGAUUUCUGUUCUCAUCCUGAAGCGAAGUUCUUAACCCGAGGUACUAUUUCUGGGUUAGCGGAGUCUGUAACCUGAAGCGUCUGUAACCCGAGGUACCACUGUAUUGGUGUUUUGCAUCUGUUUGGCACACUAGCAAUGCAUAAAAAAGAUAAUGAGGCUUAGACAUUUGUCCAGUCUAAACCAGUCCUUUGUUUCUGGUCAUACCUCAACAUUUCUGGUUUGCAUAUGAUGGAAAUAUAGUAUAGUACAGUAUUUUAACUUGGGGAAAGAGUAGGCAGGGCUUUAUAAAUGGACUGUGAGAAACACAAAGAAAAGUUGGCUGCUAUCAGAAGUUAGAGCAAAGUUGAUUCUCUGAUAUUCUAGUCAAGGUAGUUAAAGACGGGAGCAGAAAAAGCAAAGGCAGCGGUUGUGCUUUAAAAGAGUGGGGCAUUGUAAGAACUAGCAAUGUAAAGUUGGCACAGAAAGCAAUCAAGGGACAAGGCAAUCUUAAUCAUCAUUGACCAAAGACAAAGAAGCUGCUAGAAUGGAAGUCAGCAAGAUUUCAAAAAUUUUACAUGAGAGUAAGCUGAGGGUGAUGAGCUUUAGCAGUAAAUCCCAUUCAUUUCCCUCUAUAGUUCUAACUGUUUUCUCACUGUAUUGGUGAAGGAAUCAGUUUAAGGGUUCUUCUGGUAAAAUAAAAAUAAAAAAUCUCCAUAUUUUGCAAAACUCAGUUCUCGGGAUGUGUAUGCCCAAAUUACAGUGCCCCUGUGUUUGCUAUAGACAGAUAGAUAGACAGACGUGCUUUGGUGAUAGGCUGCUUAUAGCAAACUUUAAUGACAAAGAUCUCUGGGCAGUUUUCAGUUCCAGAACUUAACUUGGUAGCGCGCUUCCCAAAACUUGUAAGGUUGGUUAGAGAUUUCUCUCUCCCGGUAGAGUAGGGUGGGGUUGCCGUUUGAUUGAACCCAUCACUCUUGGCUUUUCUACCUCGCUUGGCAACUUCAAAGCCUUGUUAUUAUAUGCUUUCAGUAGCACUUGGAUGAGAGUAAGAAAUGAGACUUGGCAGCAGAAUAACAACAUCAUCCUUGAAACAACUUUAAUUUCAAAUAGACUGUUGCCUCAAAAAAAGAGUGAGGGGUUUACCUUUUAGUUGCAGUUUAUAGCAGACUGCAAAAUCAUAGGCAGCUGUGAUAUUUUAACUCCUGCCAUUGAAGUGCAACAUAAAUUAUUAUACCAGUCAAGUAAAAACACAAGCUCUAAGUUAAGAGUGGCAUUCUUAAGGCUUGCGCAGUAGGAUUUUGAUUGAUGGCGUGAUCCGUGUUCUCUCUGUGUGUGAGAUGCGAACGCGAGCUCCAUUCACAGCCAGGCACUUGCCAGUAUUUCUGGCUUUGUUUCAGAUAUCCCAUUUCUUUAAGCGUAGCUGUGCAUUAGUAGAGAGGGGGGUGGGGUCCAUUUUUAAAUGCAGGGGGAAGUGCCCAUUACUUCCUCCAGUGACCAGAAGCAAAGCCAAUUUAUUACUGGGAAGAGCUAAUUGCUGUGAAUUCUCAUGUUCGUCAAAACAUUGACUUGAGAUGCAGGAUUUCAUCCUCAUUCAUCCUCUCACCUGUAAGCUUCAAUACGUACUGGAGAGCUUCUUCCCAUUCAAGCUGCCCUGUUACAACUGCCUUCCUUUCUCCAUCUUAAGUAAUAGCAUCACACUAAUGUUGCCAUUCUUUUGGAUGCAAGCUGGGGUUUGGGUAGCUCCCACACACCCACAUUGCAUUUAUUGCUUCUAGAAUAUAUUUAAAUUGCUUGGCAUAAUAACGCGUUGGGGUCACAUGAAUAUUAAAUAGCCAAAAUUCAUUCACUAGGCAACAUUUGCAACUCGGAAUUCCAUGAGUCAGAAAGCUGUUAAAAGAAUCAAAAUUUAUGAUUAGUAGAGUAAUUGGAUCAAUCACUGCAAGCCCAGAAAUGUUUAUUGAAAUGAAUACAUUAAUAUUUGAUUUCACUUUAGCCGAACAACCGAGCAGACUUAAUUUAGCACAGAUUCCAGAAAUACCUUCUCAUGCAUGUAUUUAACAUGAGUUCUGGAAGAAUAAAAAAACCCCAACCCGUUAUUUUGUCCCAAACCCAAUUAGAACUUGUCCCAUUCAUCAAUGUCUUUUUGACAUGAACUCGACUUUUGUGGACUGUGACUCAUGUUUGCUAAAUACUUCCCUCACGCUUUUCACAUUACUUGAUACCAUGCUAAGUCUUGUCUUUGUAUACUCCCUUCGUGAUAAAUGAGUUCCUUUAUCGGCAGAGAUUUCUGGAGGCAUGACAUGGCAUAGCCAAGGCUGUCCAAAAAUUCUUAAUUGAAAGGGAGAGAAAUCAUUCAUUUGAAUACCUUCAUGUUCAACUCCCGUUUUUCAUGUCGAUUCUAAAGCAUGGCAAAAAUAUAUUUUGGCAGGUGCAGCUCAAACCUGUGAAAGUUUACUCAGAAGUAAGUUGCACUGCUUGCCAUAGGGCUUACUUCUAGGUAAGUGCAAAGGAACGCAGCUUUAAUAUAAGGUGUAUUUGCUUUCCCCAUUACACAUGGUAAUAAGUUGGGGGGGAUGUGGUCAAUUUUACAUCUAAAUUAAUCCUUAAGUAUUGUAUCCAAUUUAUCUUAAUUUAUGGGACUGGAUAGAUAUAUGUGGGCUUGCUUUUCCAGCAUGGCUGCAAGUAUUUGCCUCCAUUUUCAGCACACCAUAGUUUAUUGAAAGUAGGGGAGGGGGUUUGCAGUAGUGAGCUUUAACUAUGGUUUGUCCAAAGAAGCCAGGAUCAUCAACUUCUGAUCAUCUCCUCUUCAUGACUUCACUGGAAGAGAAGGGUUUGAGGCACACCUAAGCUUGUCCCCAUAGCAGUAAACCAGGGUUGGGCAGCCUGUGGCACUACAAAUCCCAUUAUCCGUGACCAUUGCCCAUGCUGGCCACUUUUAAGGGCAGGAUAAACGAGGACAAUCACUCUUUUAAAUAUACAGUACUUUCAUUAAAUAAUAAUAGCAAGUUGGUGUACAGCAUUAUAAUAUCCAUAAUAAGAUCCAUUCAUGUUCCAUUCAAGACCCGUCUGAACAAUACUGUUUUCAGAAGACCUCUGAAAUAUGGCAGGGGUGACUCUUGCCUGAUCUUUACAGGCAAGGAGUUCCAGGGGGGCAUCAGGGGCAGGAAGAUUUCAGUGACUGAGGUGGAGCAUAAGGAAUCAGGAGGUACUUUGGGCCCAAGUUGUUUGAAACAAUUGUUUUGCUAAGGAUUUCUUUCAUUCUGAUGACAUUAAGUAGCUAUAUGGGGUUUCCUUUUUCCUAAUGGCUCGCAUUUGUGCUUCAUGGAACCCCAGCAACCUGCUUUUUAUUAAUGAGCUUGCAGUGCAGUAUGAAAUAUGGCUCAUUGUGUUGAAGUUCAACAAAUUAUUAAUGUUGGCAAUACUUUUUGUGUUCUCUACCUAUCUGGUUUGCAGUUUAAAUGCUUACAUUUACGGGUAAUUUAAAAGUGGUUUCAGUACUGGGAGAAGCUUCUAAAACUUGGCACUCUCACCAAAAUGUUUCUCUCCCCCAAGACUUCGUUCCCAGUUUCUCUUAGGACAUUUUGAAAAAACCCAGUGCCUUACAGUAAACAAAACUUUUUUUCUUCUUCUUUGGAAAGAGGAACGUCAGUGCUAUAAUGUAUAAACACAGACCAACGGUCCGCCAACCACUACUUUUCCCCGAAACACAUACUUUCAGAUGCAUAAGCUAGAGCAACGCCUCAUAAAUUAAUAUUUUAAAAUGUUGCCUAAAAUGUUUAAUGGAUAGCUGUUUGAAAGAUUAUAAUUGGAUUCUCUGGGCAAAGCAUAUUGUUGAUAUUCAGCAAAGUGGCUAUUCAAAAUGUUAUGAUUGGAGCCCUGCAUCACUAUUCAUAUAAUCGGGUUUCUCGGCCAUAGGAUGUUGGAAGAUAAAUAUUUUGAGCACACAGAGUUUGUUUAUUGCCUAGAAAUGCAAUGUGGAAUACUUCAGACUAAAAUUUAUGAACCAGGAAGUACUGGGAUUGUAUCUAGCCAAACACCAAUCUGAAUUUUUAACCAGAGGGCGGGGGAGAGAGAGAAUGCCUCUGAGCCAUUGAGUUUGAAGCAAGUGUGUAGGUAGGAUUCUCUUGUUAUUUUUCCUGUGAGGGUAGGACCAAGAACAGAGGCUGUACAGUUAACUACUACAUAUUCACAGGAAUGGUCUCACUUAGUCCAACUGCUAUGCAGAGCAUGUCAACCCUUCACCAUCAUAAGUAUAAUACAUAGCUAUACUUUGUAUGUUCUACAUCAAAACCUAGGAUGUUCUGAUACACUUUUUCCUGACCUUCUGUGUACUAUUUUUCAGCUUAAAGAUCUGCUACUUGUAAGCCAACCCUAAAUAUUUCCUUCUAGACACCUUUAGCUUGUGGUUAGAAUCAUGGCUAUGUCUAGUUGCACCUUGUUUGGGUGAGUGAUCUAAAAUGGUGGUGCAAUGCUUUCUAAAUUGCUGAAGAUCUCCCCACCACCACCCCAGUAGUUCGUCUUUCAUUGGUUUUGGACUUAACAUUGUCAGUUAGGGUGACAUGCCUUUUUUGAAGUGGCUUGAUGAUGUGUGGUUUCCGAAUUUAUUCUUGCAAAAUCAAGCAGUGGUAGAUUUUGAAUAAAUGUCUUACGAAGGCUAAGCUCAUUGCCUGGCAGAGGUGGAAAUAAAGGCAAAGUGUUUGUUUUAUGCAGAUAAGCAAGCUAAAUGCACUACUACAUUCUAAAGGCAGUACUAAACCUCUGUGUUUUGGUUUCUAACUAUUUCAGCAGGCAGAACAGAGAGGGGAAAUCAAGUCACAUGCUGUAAUAAAAUUUCUUAAGCCCCUUUCAUAGUUUUUCCUCCAUCUGCUUAGUCUAUGUGUGGAAGGGAAAGCAGGUUUAAAACAUUGAAUACAGAAGGAAGAAGCAAAGUACAAAGAAAAUACAGUACUAGUGAAUAAUAAUAAAACAAUUGUGUAUCAGUAGAGAGGUAAGGGCUUCAGUUGGAGAUCCCAACUUGCCAGAUGUUUGUUAUUUAUGCAAACAUAUCCAUGUAGGGAGUCCAUCUAUCUAAUAAUUUUCCACCCUUCCUCUGCUUAGGUAAAGUCGCUUUCUCAUAAGUGGCUAGUUGGCUUAUGUCUUCCAUCCCUUGUACUAUACGGGAAGAAGAUCUCUCCUUUCAGUAUUGAAGUGUCAAGUGUUUGGCCACCAUGAGUACCUUCAUUAGCCAGUUAUAUUUUCCCUCUCUCUGAUUCCAAAGGACUAGUAAAUAAUACAGCAAAACACUAACAUCUUUACAUCUCAGCAAUCUGUUUAAGACCAUAUUUAUGGUUACCUCUGACCAAAAUGUCAUUACUUUGGGGCAGGAUCAUAUCAUAUGGCUCUAUGUUAUUGGAGGGGGGAGCACAAUGCCAGCACUAUUCUGUGUUUUACAUAUAUUUUUUGGAAAAUGUAUUGUGGGUUCCAAUGCACUCUAAGGAUGUUUUUUCAUGUUGUAUCAGACAUAGCCUGAUAUCCAUGGAGACCAAUCUGACAGAAACGAGUAUCGCUUUCCAUUGCCUAUUGUGUAUGAGCUGCAAGAAAUUAAGACCACCACUGCUAUAAUCCGCUUUCCAUUUUCCGUGGUCUCUUAUGCGUCCUUCUUAAGUUCUCCUACUUGCUCCUCACUGCCCUCGCCUCCUUCACUGUGUGAUACUUUCUGUCAAUCACCCAUUAUUACAAUGGUUCUGUACUGGCUCAGCUGCUUUUAAUUAUGGCUUAUAAGCUGCUAUCCUCAGCAACUGUACAGUUAUGUGUUGAUAAAUUAUUAUAUUAGUUCCCUGUUUCCUUCUCUCCCACACUGCUGCUGGUGCACUUAUAGGUAUUUGUAUAUAAUUUUUGUAUACAUGUAGGAAAUUAUAUUAUAGUAAGUCCUGUAAUGUAAUAUGACAACGUUUACCGAUCUAAUAUAAGAAUGUUAACAAAUAAAUAAAAUGCAAAUUUCAAAAAAAAAAUGAAAGCUUGGAGAGGGCUUAAAAUGAUCCAGACUAAGGUACAGUGGUACCUCGGGUUAAGAACUUCAUUCGUUCUGGAGGUCCGUUCUUAACCUGAAACUGCUCUUAAGCUGAUGUACCACUUUAGCUAAUGGGGCCUCCCGCUGCCGCCACGCGAUUUCUGUUCUCAUCCUGAAGCAAAGUUCUUAACCGGGUUAGCGGAGUCUGUAACCUGAAGUGUCUGUAACCUGAGGUACUACUGUACUUGAAUCCAAAGGGAGAUCAGGGUGACUUAAAGUAAUACAAUUACAUUAAAACAUAAAAAAAGUUAAGUUACUACUAACUUGUCCCAUUGAUUUCAGUGAAACCUAGGCUCAGCUACCUUGGUCUAGAUCCAGCUCUACAGAACUGUUCUUACUCUUCUCUGCAAAGCCUAGAACACACACCUAAGUGAUUUUUCUUGCCUGUGUUUCAACUUAGGUAUGCCAUCAGAGAAAGUUAUGACCCAUGUGGAACUUGAGGCAGAAUACGGAGUACCUCCUAGCAAAAGAAUAAGGCGGAAAUUGAUGGAGUCUCCCAUGGCAAUGCAAAGUCCUCAGCAAUCCAGUCGGCCAAGUCCUAAUCACCUGGUGGAUUCCAUCAGCAAAGAAUUCCACCCCAUUCUGUAUACACCUAAGGGCUGCCAGAAGCCUGUGGAGAACCUGCAUACUGAGACUGUGGUAAAGCAACUGUUAAAUACAGCAACAGGCCUUCAAGAAAUGAACAGCCGCACUGCACAGGCUCAGGAGCCAUUAAAGCAGGAGAGCCAUGGGGAUAACAUAUGCAUCGUGACUCCAGAGCGCCUCAUGAACUCGACAGUUACUCUCUAUGAAAGCAACAUGGGCAGUACAGACUUCCCUCCCAAUGAAUCUGAAAGCAAAUUGCAGGUGACCGACAGCAGCAACAAUAGUUUACAAAGGUAUUUUCUGUGGAAGAGGAGGUGUAAUAUCCUCUCUCCUUCCUCACCCCUUUAAUCCUGAUAUUGGUUUGUCUGCUUUUUUCCCUUUUUGCACAAUUAGUGUGACCUCAGUUGUUUCACAUUCUAAUGUCAGAUAAUUGUGGCAUUUAAAGCCUCUGAAAGACGUGCCUGAAUUGUUAAACUAUGUAUGGCCUUGUCCAAAAGAUCGUGUUGCUGUUUCCUCCUGCUGAUCCCUUUUUCCUUUCUUUCAUGGACUGCAGUCCAUGAACACAAAGUCUGGCGAAACACGACAAUAAGGCAAGUGAAGAAGCAAGGGUAGAAUACUGAGCAGUUUUCACAAUGGAGUGAAGGAAGCAUUGGGUUCCUCUAGUGAUCUAUUUUGGGAUCUGUGCUACUGGAGUCAGGGAUUGUAGGCAGACUUGCAGGUAACACCAAAUUAUUCAGGUUGGUGAAAGUCGAAGCAGGCUGUGAAUUGCUCCAAAAGCAUCUCUUCAAAGUGGGUGGGCAACAAAAUGGCAAGUGAGGCUCAUUUUCAAAAUCACAUUGGGGCAAAAAAUCAAAAUAAAAUAAUCAUGGCAACGUAUUCAUUGAUGUGGUCUCUCUGAACUGGUAAGUACUCAGGAAAGAGAUCUUGGGGUUGUUCUAAACAGCUCUGAAAACGUUGGCUUGUUUAUGGUGGUGAGAAUGGGAAAUGUUGUGCUAAGGAUUGAAAUACAUCUGCCUGUAUUAGGAUGCCUUUAAAUAAAUCAGAGGUACAACUCUUUUGGAAAAUGACAUUGAAGAGCUGUAAAAAGUGCAGACCAGUGCACAAGAUGAAAUUCACUUUCGUAAGAUGUGGUGGUCACCACUGGCACUGAUGGUUUUGAAAGGGGAUGAGAUAAACCCAUGACAGAUGUGUCUCAUCAGUCGCAAAAAAAAAGAAACCAUGAUGACAAAAUGGAGCCUGUACGUUCAGCAGCAGUAGGCCUCUAAAUCUUCAUUUCUUAUAGGCAAGGAUGUUAACAGAAGAGUUCUGUUGCCUUCAAGUGCUGCUUGCGCGCUUCCUGGUAGCACCUGGCUGGCGAAUCAGGUUACUGUACUAGAGUGGGCCCUGGGUGGAUCCCACAGUGUUUCUGGGCACUGCUGUUAGAAAAUGUUCAGCAUUAGCAAGGAGCAGCAAGGUCAUAGGGUUCCAGAAGUUGGUAGUAGGGUACCUCUUGCAGCAUCGACCUUUGCAGGUACCCAGCAGUGUCAACUGCUGAUUCCUGUGCAAAUUUCUCAUCCUGGCCCAAUUCCAGGUGAAACCAGGUUAUUUCCGUUGAAGGUAUUGCAGAACAGAUCCUCCAGUGAAAACAGACAUGUAAGCGUCACUACUGGCAAUUUCUGGAUUUUUAAAAGCUAUGCAAAUAAAAUAUCCUUCCAUUGCAUAUUUUGUUUUAAUACUGACACUUUUUGGAAUGCAAUAUUAUUUUUAGAAUUUGUGGCUUUUGUUUUAAAGAAAGACUCUGGGUUUUUCACAACUACUCCCCCCCCCCUUUUGCUGUUAUUUCAGACUUGCUGUCGCUCCAUCGUUAAAUAGGCAGCCAGACCCCAUACAUAAUAAGCCAUCUUAUAUGGCAAUGACAUCUGCUGCUGAGAGGAAAAGAAAGUUAUUAAGGUAAGUCAUGCUUCAGGUUCAGUGCUGUUUUCCCCAUCUGUGAAAUGGGUUGCAGAAGACCCAGUGGAUCAGAUCAUUCCUUAGUCAGUUCAUUCGUAAGGUCCAGCCGUGUAAUGGUGUCUAUUCCAUCUGUCUGUUCAUAAAGUCCAAAAAAUCCACAUGAAAGGUUGUUACAGUUCCACAAAAUCCUUACACAGAGUCUAGACAAGGAUUUCCGGAAUAUUGGCCUUGUUUCGCCGUCCUGGGCUUCAGUACUUAAAGCUCUAAGUAAUGCAAAUAAAUACAAUAUCAUUAUCUCACCCAUUUUACAGCAAAAAUAAUAUAAAACCAUAAACAACUGUACAUACCAUAUGUGAUAUUACAGGACAGUGGCUCUUAUGGCAUAUUGGUAGCUGUGGUAAGUAGCAACUGUUACAAAGUAGAGUUAUAUGGACAAGCACAAAAUUGUUACAAGUUAGAAGUGUUGGCACUCCACAAAUACAAAAUAUCUUAAAGUGACCCAUAUGGCACAGCAAAAGUAAAACUAAACUUAAUCCAUGUUCAGAUGAUAUACAUGUAAACAUUAAUACAAACUCAUACAUAAAUGUAAACAAUUUGGAUCUAAAGUAAUGGCAAUCCACACAUGCACAAUUAAGUACUCAAAAUAAACCACUUGGCCCACAGAAGUGAAACAAACUUAGUCCAUGCUCAGGUGUUCUACAUGUAAACAUUAGUACAAAUACACACAAAAAACCUAUAACCAAUUUCAGUAUUCAGACCUGAGGGAUGUAAGGAAUUGAAUAAGAAAAUAAACCUAGUUUCUUUCUGCAUAAGGAUUUUUUUUUUUUUGCACUGAAUAGGCGGGACGCGGGUGGCGCUGUGGGUUAAACCACAGAGCCCAAGGCUUGCAGAUCAGGUCAGCAGUUUGAAUCCCCACGAUGGGGUGAGCUCCCGUUGCUCGGUCCCAGCUCCUGCCAACCUAGCAGUUUGAAAGCACGUCAAAGUGCAAGUAGAUAAAUAGGUACCGCUCCGGUGGGAAGGUAAACGGCGUUUCCGUGCGCUGCUCUGGUUCACCAGAAGCGGCUUAGUCAUGCUGGCCACGUGACCCGGAAGCUGUACGCUGGCUCCCUCGGCCAAUAAAGCGAGAUGAGCGCCGCAACCCCAGAGUCGGUCAGGGGUCCCUUUACCUUUACCUUACAGGACCUGAAUAUGUCCAAAUUACAAAAAAUGUCAAGUCCUCAUCGGAAUGAGAUGCUUCAAUAAAAUGUUGCACUAAAGGAGCAUCUAUUACAUUGUUCCUGAUCCUAGAUCGGUGUUCUGAUAGUCUUACUUUGAUAGGUCCGAGAGUAUGACCUACAUACAACAAUCCACAGGGAUAUCUAAUCACGUAAAUUACACGUGGAGUAGCACAUGUGGCAGAUGCCUGUAAAAUGAACUUAAAGCCUGCUUGGUUGUUAAACUCUUUUACCUGCAGAGCAUAUUUGCAGGAGGUACAAUGCCCACAUUUUAAAAAACCACGUGGUCCAUGGGGUCACGAAGAGUCGGACACGACUAAACAACAACAACAACAACAAUCUUAACAGCAGUUAUAAGGUUAAGCAUCAUUUCUUGAUCCUUUCCCCUCUCCUAAACCUUUAAUGAAUCAGGAGAAUAGACUCCCAGGAGUAAACUCCUGAUCAGUUUUUGACUACCCUUUAAUUGCCAGGUUCCUACGCUGAAUUUUCAGUGCUCCUGUGCAGAACUUCCUGAGCAGAAUAUUUCCUAUUUUCUUUGAGCCUACCUGCGCACUAUUGACCUUCCUAUACAGGAGCUUUAAAGGAAAGCACAACCAUUAUUACAACUCAGGUUUUACAACCAAAAACCCAGCACAGAAUAGCUGAAAGUUCUAUUCCAUCACACUGGGAAACAAAUGCACAGACACAAACCAGAAAUAUAAUUUGAAUCAUACUUGUUCAGCUUUUCUUAGGACCAGGAGAAGAAAUAGCCACAAUCCAUACAAGUAUAUCUGUGGUGGAUCUUUCUUGUAGUAAAUUAGUCACACACGUGGUCCUCGAUCUAAUAUACUUGUAGAUGUUGUGUUCCAGAAACCGAAAACUGAGCAUGCCAGCUUAAGAUCACUGUGCUAAAAGCAAACUUGUUAUAACUUUUUCUUACAGUUCAGUAUCGAACAGCGACAUUACAAAUCAGCACGGUCAUACAACUGCAAAGCGUAUUAAACAAGACAGCAUGUUAAGUUAUAAAGCUCUAAGAGUCCCUAAAUCAACAGGUAGGUAUCAAAUUACAAUUUUCAGUGAUUAUAUCCAAACUUGAGCAGUAGGUGGCUAUGGAGGAGCGCCAAGAUUGUGGGCUGAUAUUUACCAUUUUUCUUAGUCUUUUGCUGUGGUAAUUUAGAUGUACAGCUGGGUCAAUAUAUUUUAGCUACUCAGUUAAAUUGAGUGAAAAAGUUACUCCUUAAGAAACUCUUAGUCGGUUCCAUGUUUUAAUACAGCGGACCCUUGGGUAACUGUAUUUGAGUAACGUAACUUUCGGGUUGCUAACGUGGCAAACCCGGAAGUGUGUACUUCCAGGUUUCGCUGUGUGCAGAAGCGGUGCCUCUAGAUGCAGACUUUUCGGGGUACGUACGGACCCCCAGAACCAAUUAAGUUCAUAUCCAGAGGAUCAACUGUAUAGGGAAAGAGGAGCCAAAUAGCCCAAAGGGGAUUGACAGUAUUCUCAGAAUUACAUAUUCUCCCUUACUUCAGGACUGUAUGUACAUCUUCCCACUUUUACCUACCCCUACCUGUGACACUAAACUGCCUGGAUGUUUUCUAGCAGUUUAUCCAUCUGUUUGGAAGAGCAUAAACCCUGGAGCUGUUUGUUGUCUUCCUCACCGUGCAGUGGCUUGUUGGCAGUUCCCAUCAUAGCUGUGGCAAAAGGUGGAGCUGCUGAAUUCUUCGCCACACCCUUGUGGUGUAGUGGUUAAGAGCUGUAGACUGGUAAUCUGGUGAACUGGGUUCGCGUCUCCGCUCCUCCACAUGCAGCUGGUGGGUGGCCUUGGGCUAGUCACACUUCUCUGACGUCUCUCAGCCCCACUCACCUCACAGAGUGUUUGUUGUGGGGGAGGAAGGGAAAGGAGAAUGUUAGCCGCUUUGAGACUCCUGAAGGGGAGUGAUAAAGCGGGAUAUCAAAUCCAAACUCCUCUUCUUCUUCUUCUUCUUCUUCUUCUUCUUCUUCUUUUUCUUCCACAAUUUUCAGUGUCUCAUAAGAUCCUUCUGGCAGGUUCUUUCCUAGCUUCCGCCACCUCUUUUCUGUGAUAUCUCCGCCUCCUUGGUGCUAACCAUCAUAGCCACGCUCCAUAUAUUUUUGAAUCCAGAGCAGUGAUAGGCAGGAGCAGAGGGGCAGUGCCAUGCUGCCACUCUCUGACAGUGGUGGCAUUGUAGCUUACCGGCACGGGGCAGGGGGGUGGUGAGGUCAAGAGUGGGUGGACGCAACUUCUUCUUUAGCGAUCACUCGUAGCCAAGUAAGAUUGUCUUCCAUAAACAUGGUUUUAACAAUGAGUCCGUAAGUGACUGUGGAGGCCAAUUCUGGAUCCACUCAUAGAAAAGUUGGAAGAGACCACAAGGGCCAUCGAGUCCAACCCCCUGCCAAGCAGGAAACACCAUCAGAGCACUCCUGACAUAUGGUUGUCAAGCCUCUGCUUAAAGACCUCCAAAGAAGGAGACUCCACCACACUCCACACUCGUCCUUCCACAGUGGAGACAUUGGUUUCUGGGUGGGAGUUGAUCAUGGUGUGGAUUUGCCAAGCUUGCCUUCCUCUUAGCACGUUUCUCCCUUGUGUCCUGAGUUUGAGUGUCUUCAAAACCCAUGGCACCUUUGGUAAAGGCUGUUUUCCAACUGGAGCGCCCGCAGGCCAGUGUUUCCCAGUUGCUGGUGUUUAUACUACAUUUUUUAAAAUUUGCGUUGAGAGAGUCUUUAAAUCUCUAUUGUUGACCACCAGCAUUAUGCUUUCCAUUUUUAAGUUCAGAAUAGAGUAGUUGCUUUGGAAGACGAUAAGCAGGCAUCCGCACAACAUGUCCAAUGAAGUUGAUGUUGAAGAAUCAUUGCUUUGGUGCACGGCCCUAGCCACUCCUGCCAGCAGUAAGAGUGACUUCUUCGGAUACCUUUUUGUGUGGUGGGGAAUGCAGAGGCAGGACAUUUCCCUGGGCAGCAUGGUUAUGGCAGGGAAGCCAGUUUUAAAUUAGCCAAGGAUAUAAUGAGUUUUGCUGAUGUGGGCCUAUGCAUGCCACUGUCCAGGCUCCCCCUGCCAAAGAACAGGUUGCCUUUGCCUCCAUCAUGGUUCCAAUUGCAUCUGUGCAUUUACAACGAAAGCUUGAUUUGGACAAUCUUGCAUACUCAAGAGGUCCCCAAACAAUUGCCUUUUUGCUACCUCUUGUCCUUUUAACCACCCUUCCUCCAGGCAAAAUUAAUGUUCUCUUUCUGUUAUGCAGCUGGUGAAGUGCUGCACGUAGCAUUCCCCGGAGCUAAUAGAAGCCGAAUACAGUGUUAUCAGUACUUUGCACAAUGCUAUCUUCGUGUUAAUUAUUUGUACCAAAUGUUAGGUAAUAAAGGAUACCAGCAUCAAUUACUGUAAUUGUAUUGUUAAAGAAUCAUGCAAUUGAAUUCCUAAUUUAGAAGCUGGGAGCGCAUUAGACAUGCUUAGAAUCUAAAAAAAAAAACCACCAAAAAAAACCACCCUAUCAAUAUUCCAAAGCACAUGCUUGGGCUUGUUCUGUGUGCAGGGGUGGAGAACCUCUUUCAGCCUGGGAGCACAGAUCCAGAACUGGCCCACUUGCCAGGAGCCGUUUUUGAAAAGGGGGCAGGGUCUCCCUCUUGACUGUCAUGUGACGUCAGGUGAUUAAAAUGUCAGGCUUCAAAGGGAACAGGCAAAGUGCCAGGAUCAGGAAUCAGCCUCUUCUGUUGCCUUUUACUGUUGAGCAAGCGCUUCUCCUUGAACCUUAGUACUAUGGUGCUUGAUGCUGAUGUCAGAUAUAAGAAAUCCCUUAUCCGAACUUAGUGCUUCAGUCUGAGAAAGGUGUGUCCCAAACUAUUCAUUAGAUGGAGCUGAUCCUCAUAUUAGUUCUGUGUGGUAAGUUUUGAAAACUUUCUGAGCCACAGGAUACUACAAGUUAUUGCUUGGCCAUUCACGGCUCUCUGAGUGGCUUAUGGAGUAAAACAAUAAACGCUAUGUUAGCAGCAUUUUUCAGACACUUAUCAGAUGCAGAGAAGUUAACAGUUCAAGCAUAUAGUUAAUGUCAUUUAAAUAAUAAUAAUAAUAACAAUAGCAACCAUGAUGAUAUAGUAAUAGUAGUCCUACGUCUGCCCUGUUCUGUUAACCUUAACAUUUAGGGAAAUAAUAAACAUAAUCAAAGCAGUAGUAUCUGUGUCUCUCUUUAACAUGGCUAAUUUUUUGUUCCAUAGAAACUAGAACAAGAAGCUGGAAGCAAAAUGAAGUGCUAAGAAAACGUGUCAGAAACAACGGCAAGGAAAAUGCAACCUUAGACACGAAAUUCAAGACAUCCAAAAAAGCAUUUUAA